AUGGGGUUCGUGAAGUUCUGGCUGAGCUUUAACAGGUGAGUAUCCAGACGCCUGGCUAACACGCUCUUGCUGGUGAAAUGCACGCAUAAGUCGGUAAAAGGAUCCCACUGUCCAAUGACUCUGUCAGAAAAAUAAGAACUGUUGAUAGUUGCGAUACAACUCCUUUUUAAAUUGGCAAUCAUGGCGUCGUAGGUUCGUCUUCGGCGCCACUUCAAAAAGGUUUUCCCAGUCCACAUCAAUAUCGAGCCCCCGUAGAGACUGAAACGUUAGUAUACGGUUACCUCUACCUUGACUAUAGUAGAGGAGGGCAGAAGGUUAAGGUGGUCCGGCGCAGUUCGUACGUCAAAUUCUUAAGAUCAGGAACACGUUUUAUAGCACGUCGUUGUACACCGUCAAGAAUAUCUAGGUCUUUGCGAAGCCACGGCCGUCAAGCCUGUAACGAAUAUUCCACUUUUGGUUACAUAACUGCCUCUCAUCAAAUCUAUCUGCCUCCAGUUUGACAAACGUUCUGCGUAUUGCCCUCAUAGUUGACGCUACCCACACUGCUAAUUUGGAAAACUGCGUUGUUACGCUUAAAUCGUCAUUAACGAAAGCUCCAGGGUCUUUUGCGUAUUUACAGUCUUAAGCGGUUGAUUUUUCAAAUUAUGCUGCCGUGAAGGGGCAUUUAUUCUUCGGCUUGCUGACAUUAUUUGCAUUGAAUUUCGUUCACCAGAGUUCGCUCCAUGUCUGAAGCCUUUUUAUAUUCUCUGGCAAUGCUGCGAGUCUCUCUCGUCUUUUAUCAGCCCCCACAGCUUAAGAUCUACAAAGAGCGCCAUAUCGGACUUCACUUACCGUACCAGGUUAUUUACAUAGAUAAUAAAUAGGAGAGACCCAACAAAUGAUCCUUGUGGAACCUCACUUUUAACAUGCGUCCAUCCUAAACAGUAGCCAACCGAGGUAACCUUUUUUACGACCAGUUACGAUAUCCCGAAUCCAGUUCAGGAGGUCUCCUCUAGUCCCUAAGUAUGGCCUUAUUGGAAGAGGCGCUUUUGGGGGAUGUAAUCGAAGGCUUUGCUGACGUCGGAGUAAAUGACCAACCGGGUGUCCUUCCUCCAUUGCAUUUGACCAACAUUCGACAGAUGUAAGGAGGUUUGUGAGGGAAGACCUCUUCACGUAGAAACCGUGCUGAGCAGAGCUGAUUUGACAGCGGAAUAUAUCAAGCGAUAUAAUCGAUUUCUUGGUCGGUUCUUAUUUCGUAGCCACACCUGCAGUGGCCAAGCCUUAAACCUGUGCUAAUAGGUGGCUUAACACUUACCACUAACCCUGACGCCUAACACUAGUCCCCAGCCCCUGACCUUAACACAUAACCUCUGACCCCCAACCCCUAACCCAAGCCCCUGAUCCCUAACCCCUGACCCCUAACACAAACUCCCAGCCCCUAACCUUAACAGGUGCGGCUACGAAAUAAGAUCUUAGCGAUUUUUUAGUGACUAUCUCCAGUAACUUACAGCAUAUGCAUGUCAGACGGCGACAAAACCCAAAAUAGCCGUAGGUAUACUGUGGAUCAUUUCAUACGGGAACGGAGGUAAUGGAGGGGAGACAAAGCAACUACGUCGGAGAAACCGGAAGACAACUCCAAACGAACAUGUCCGAACACGCUGCGGCAGUGCGGAGAAAUGACGCCAGCUCUCAAGUUGCGGCUCAUUCGACGGGUUCCGGCCACACAUUCAAAUUCAGCGAGGCCGAAAUUCUCGCAAGAGGUGACGACCGCGUGAGCCGGGAGAUGCUUAAGUCAUGGUUUACUGGUCCCCAGUCUAUUAACAAGUGCAGUGAUCUUCCCAUUCAAUACUCCGUGCUGAGACUUCGUCUAGGCGGAGUAGUUGGCCACGCGGGGAGCGCACAGGUGAACACUCUUCCCAACACCCCGGUCAGCGCGUCAGAUGGCCGAGCACUCAUCACACCAACAUCCAACGCACGUGAUGAAAUUGCAGCAAUUAACGACGCGAAUGUCGGCCACCACGCCACGUGCAGCGAUCCCUGAUGAAGGGGGGGGGGGAGAGCCGUGAAUAUUCAUAGGUAUACAGUAGCAUGGCGACUGCAUCCUAUAAAUACUGCAGCCCCUUAUGCAUGUACCGCCAGUAUCUGCUUUUGUCGCUGAUGAUAGAUUCGAGCAGGAAUUCGAAACGUCAGGCUAAUAAAGCUCUUGUCCCGGCGAUCGUGUCCUCUUCUUCAAGACUGCUUCCUGAGACUCGUCUCUUCGCUUCUACUGGCAAUGGAGGGGGGAGUUUAACGAGUGGGGCAGCAAGCCGAACAGUAAGCUGACGAAACGCAGGAAGACACAGAAGGCAGUCAGUGGCGAAAACGACACUUUAAAGUGAAAUGAUGAAUUUAUGCAGACAUGGUAUCCAGCUGGAUAUUCCGUGACUUUCGAUCUUGAAAGAAUCCCUUACAUCCCCUGGCGGACAUUCCUGUUAGCCCUCAAUUCAUGCUCCAUUGAUCGUCAUUUUUUGUUUCUCCAAUCUUGGGUUGAACUGCCAGUUACCAUUACUUAGCAAGAUUAUGGAUCGACAUACAUCCGCAUGCUCCGUUGCUUAUCUUUUUCGAUCUUGGUUUUGAGCGCGCAGUCGUCGGUGAAGAGCGGGCAUGGACUGUAGCUGCAAAUGCCCGCGUUGGCGCUUGAAUGGGCUUGCUGUUGAGAUAUUCGUCAGUUCUAUAGGUGAUGCGUAUCCCAGGGCGCUCAUCACGGCAGGCGUCCAUCAGCACAACAGUGAACAUGAGACUGAAGAUGGUGAGAGCAAAUACGCAGCCCUGAUUCACUACAAUAGCCACUACGAAUGCCUCGGAGAUAAUCCCAUUGUUCGUGAUGCGCGCCAUUAUCUCAUCGUGGAGCUGACGUAUCAUAUGCGUGAAGCGCUGAGGGCAGCCGAAGUUCUGCAUGCUUUUCUAAAGUCCCAUGCGAUUCACCGCGUCAACGACUUUCAUCAAGUCCACGAAGGUGGUGUAGACGGGGUUCGCAUCCCCCAGCACCUCCUAUAGCGGACGAGCGGCAGAGACUGUGUCGGUGGUCCCGCGAUGUCGUUCAAAACCACCCUGGCUUUCCAGCAAUAGUCUUUGCUCGAGGUUUCCGUUGAGACGAUUGAGGAGAUGGCGAGGGAAGAUCUGUCCAGCGAUCUUGAGUAACGAGAUGUAUCUGUGGGCAUUUCAGAGUUGCCGGUUCCAUUUGCGUUUGUAAACAUGGACGAUGGUUGCGUCCUCUGAGUCCUGCGAGACCUGCCCUCAGUCUCAAAUCUAGAAGAGCGCUGUGAGGUGAUCUACUAGUCGGUGACCGUCGUGUUUGUUGAUUUCAGCUGGGAUUGCACCAGAACCUAGUACUUUCCAGAUGGAGAGUUAAUGUACGACACGGAUGGUUUCUGGAAGGGAGAGCGGAGAUCCAGGUCGAUGUUGAUUUCCGCUCGGGGAGCCGAUCGCUGGCGGCGUCGGAGAUUACAGAGGAGCGGUUGACAGUGCUUCUGAAGUGUUUGGCCCAACGCUUCAGAAUCUAUAACUUCUCCCUCAAAAGCAUUGGUCCAUCGGAAUUGAGAUAUGCCGCGGUCUUCUUUGUUGGAGGGUCGUAGAUAGCCCUCAUAGCAGCGAAUAAAAUCUUUGUUUCAUUGCGUUCGGCAUACCCCUGGAUCUCCUUGGCCUUGGGAACCAUGCAGGUGUCCUGAAUUUCUCGCAACCGUUGCUACGCAGGCGGCGACGUUGGUAGAAGGCCGCUUUGUUUGCCUUAGUCGGGUGGCCAGCGUAGGCUUUGUAUGCAGUUCGUUUCGGCGAAGAGGGUGCUGAUGGCUGCGUCGUCUUCGUCGAACCAGUCCUGGUGUUGACUAAGUGCGCGGCCGAGGGCACCCAGGGCGGUCGAAUGGACGGAGUCCCGCAGCUGGCACCAUCGAAUCUUUAAGAGGGAGGUUUCGUCCGGAGCUUGUAGGUCUUCCAGGUGCUGGGUUAGGUGAUUGCUGAAAUGUAGACGGUCAGCAGGCGAAAACAACAAAACGGUAUUUAACUUUCCUGUUGUUCGCUUACCUUGUGGACUACUGCAGGGUUGCCUGUGGAGCCUCAUCUUGGAGGGGACGAGGCUAUGGUCCCUCCAGCCAUCGGCCUCACAGACUGCCUGGGUCAUCAGUACAUCCUGUCGGUCGCGCCGCCGGCCUAGAACAUAGUCCAGCAGUUGCCAGCGCCACGAUUGGGGGUAAAUUCACAUUGCGGUGUUCUGCACUGGUUUGCAGGAAAAGAGGCCAUUGUUGUUGCUGCGGACGAUUUCGUGAGGAUCCAACACUCCCCUCCAAGUAACGUAGUCUGUCCCGACGCGGGCACUGAAGUCACAAGGGGCGAUCAACUUGUAAUCCUUCGGCACAGACGCCAGGAAGACGUGCAGGUGUGAGCAGAACUCGAUCUCCGCAUCGUCAGAGCCGGCCACUGGUUGGACGCAGGCGCUGAUGAUGAUGAUGAUGAUGAUGAUGAUGAUGAUGAUGAUGAUGAUGAUGAUGAUGAUGAUGAUGAUGAUGAUGAUGAUGAUGAUGAUGAUGAUGAUGAUGAUGAUGAUGAUGAUGAUGAUGAUGAUGAUGAUGAUGAUGAUGAUGAUGAUGAUGAUGACGAUGAUGAUUAUGGAGAAUAG